AUGUCUUCGGAUACGGCUAGUUCGGCUGGAAGCCAGGAAGGACAAGAGAAUCAACGUGGAGGCCACGAGAUUUGCUCCAAGGUUUUGAAUGUGGACAAGAGAAGAUUCUACAUCGAUCUGAAGGAGAACGACCGCGGAAAGUUCAUCCAAAUUGUGGCUGUAUGUUUUUUACAUUUGCUUUUAUAAGCCUGUCUGAUGCGUUAUGUUGUUUUGUCCUCUUUUAGCUCCUGAAUGUUCGUAGAAAGGCCAAGCUGAUGAUGACCUUGCCCAUUGUUAAACAAUUGAUUGCGCUAUUGGACAAACUCGAGAUUAACGAGUCAACUGGUAAGUGUUUAGCAUCCAAUUGUCAAGGACUGGUUUUAGAAUACCCCAAGCCAGUUGGUCGAAUUCUUUCGGCAAGUCGCAUCUAUUUUGCCGAUCUCCGCAAAAACGAUUGGGGCAACUUCCUCCGACUUACUCAGGCCUUCAACCGGACUGCCAAGCGCUACCAAAUCUACAUUCCAGUUGAGGGGAUCCCCGAAUUCAAGAAGCUUCUCCAAGAAAUCGUCGACGAAUACGGAGCUGAUGUGGAGGAGCCUAAGUUGCCGGCCUCGCAGCAGCUGAGAGAUGUCCGCAAUAAGAUGUUUUACUUUGACUGCAACUCCAAUGACUUUGGCGACUAUCUCCGUAUCACUGAAGUAUGAUUUCACGUUGUUUUUUUGUCUUUAGAAUGACUUGGCUGACGCGUGGGUUUGUUUUAGACUCGGUUCAACUCGGACAACCGCACUUCCAUCACCAUUUCUCGUAAGAACCUUCAACGUUUUCACGAUAUCUUGGGUGAUUUGGUCAAGUCGUUCAACGAGCUUCGCACUGAUGAAAAGGACGUGAAGACCGAAGCCACGGCAUGA